AUGCCAGAACCUGCCGACAAGGAGGUUAAGGCUCCCGAUCAGCUAGCUGCCUCCGUUCAACCCAACGAUGCCACAGAGGCAGUUGGAGGCCCGGCCACCCUCGGCUCAGAGCAUGACGAAAGGAUCGAGGAAAGGAAGAGCUCGAGUGACGAAGAUGAGAAGGCUAAAAGGGCCAAGCUCCAGCGGUCGGCUAGCCAUGCCACCGAUGCCAGUGCGACCACCACUGCUUCAAGACCACAACCUCCUGAAAAGAAGCCGUGGUACAAAACACCAAAUCCGUUGCGGUGGGGCUCUACACCACCAGUACCCAAAGAACGCGGAGAAUCUAGAGAGUAUCACGCUGGUUUCUUUAGUCUGUUGAUAUUCCACUGGAUGGGACCGCUAAUGAACGUUGGCUACAAGCGACAAUUGGAGCACAAUGAUCUAUGGCACGUCAAUCCGGAUCGCACAGCCGAGAAAUUGUCGUUGAAGCUCCAGGCUUCGUUUGAGAAGCGCGUCAAAAAGGGGGAGAAGUAUCCUCUGUUAUGGGCCAUGCAUGAGACCUUUUUCUUUGAAUUCUGGCUCGGUGGUAUGCUCCAGGUCAUGUCAACAGUCUUCCAGGUCUUGUCCCCCUUCACGCUGCGCUUCCUCAUCCAGUUCGCCAACGAUGCCUGGGAUGCCACACGUAGCGACUCGCCACCUCCUCCGAUCGGCCACGGCAUCGGCCUUGUCCUUGGCGUGACUUUCAUGCAGGUUUUCCAGAGUUUGGGCACGAAUCACUUCAUUUAUCGUGGCAUGAUCGUUGGAGGCCAGGCUCGAGCUGUACUCAUUAGGCCGGGGAUCUCGGGCGACGGCACUGGCUGGGGCAACGGCCGCAUCGUCAACCUGAUGAGCGUUGACACGUACCGCAUCGACCAAGCCUCGGCCCUCUUUCACAUGAUAUGGACAGCCCCCAUAUCCAUCCUCGUCACCUUGGCUCUUCUAGUCGUAAAUCUGAGUUACAGCGCAUUGGCUGGCUUCGCACUGCUUGUCGUCGGCAUUCCUCUCCUCACCAGAGCCAUCAGAAGCCUGUUCAGAAGGCGCAAGGCCAUCAACAAAAUUACCGAUCAGAGAGUCAGUCUCACUCAGGAAGUACUAUCCUCGGUUCGGUUUGUCAAAUACUUCGGCUGGGAGACUGCGUUCCUCGAUCGUCUCAAGGAGAUUCGCAAGCGCGAGAUUUACAGCAUCCAGAUCCUCCUGGCGAUCCGAAACGCAAUCAACGCCGUUAGCAUGUCAUUGCCCAUCUUCGCUUCCAUGUUGGCGUUCAUCACAUACUCUCUCACGAACAACAACAUGAAUCCCGCCGAAGUUUUCUCCUCUUUGGCGCUCUUCAAUGGUCUGAGAAUGCCCCUGAACCUGCUACCUCUAGUUCUUGGGCAAGUUGUCGAUGCGUGGUCAUCCGUCAAGCGUAUUCAGGAGUUCCUGCUCGCGGAAGAACAAGAGGAGGAUGUUGUGCGGAAGCCUGACGGCAAGCAUGCUCUAGAGAUGCACGGCGCUGAUUUUACCUGGGAGAGGACGCCUUCUCAAGACGCCGACAAGGUUGCCGAUGCCACGAAAAGUGCCAAGGACACCAAAACAACCAGCGAGACUGAGAAAUCUGGACAGCGGCCACCGUCUGCAGGCGACAGUUCAGGCGGUAGUACUCUUAUCGAAGAAGAGCGAGAGCCAUUCAAGCUACGAGGCAUGGACUUUAAGAUUCAUCGCAAUGAGCUGGUUGCGGUCAUUGGGACCGUGGGCAGCGGUAAAAGCUCUCUUCUUGCUGCUUUGGCAGGCGACAUGAGGAAAACGUCAGGUGAGGUCGUCUUGGGCGCGUCGAGAGCUUUUUGCCCUCAGUACGCGUGGAUUCAGAAUGCGACUGUCAGGGAUAAUAUCCUUUUCGGAAAAGACAUGAACAGGGAGUGGUAUAACGAGGUCAUCGAUGCGUGCGCUCUUCGCCCGGAUCUUGAAAUGCUGCCCAACGGUGACAAGACAGAAAUCGGGGAGCGAGGCAUCACCAUCUCUGGCGGCCAGAAGCAGCGCCUAAACAUCGCCAGGGCAAUCUAUUACGACUCAGACAUUGUUCUCAUGGACGACCCCCUCAGUGCUGUUGACGCUCACGUUGGACGCCACAUCUUCGACAGCGCCAUUCUUGGAUUAUUGAAAGACAAGUGCCGCAUUCUCGCCACGCAUCAACUUUGGGUACUCAACCGAGUCGAUCGAAUUAUCUGGAUGGAGGGUGGCAAAAUCAUGGCUGUGGACACUUUCGACAACUUAAUGAAGAAUUACGAGAGCUUCCGGCAACUGAUGGAAACGACCGCAGUCGAAGAGACCAGUGAGGCCACUCCUCAGACUAAUGAGCCAGUAGCCACGAGCGGCGGCAAGAAAAAGAAGAGUGCUGCGUUGAUGCAGCAAGAAGAAAAGGCUGUAUCGAGUGUGCCUUGGUCGGUUUAUAACGCUUACAUUCGCGCGUCGGGCUCGAUCUUCAACGCCCCCCUGGUCUUGUUUCUAUUGGCCCUCUCAUUAGGAGCCAACCUCAUGACUGGUCUGUGGCUAUCCUACUGGACCAGCGACAAGUAUGGCAUGACGACAGGCGCCUACAUUGGCAUCUAUGCUGCGCUUGGCGUUCUUCAAGCAUUGCUCAUGUUUGGCUUUUCAAUCUGUCUCUCCAUCUUCGGCACAGCAUCCAGUCGAGUCAUGCUUCGCCAGGCUGUCACAAGAGCAUUACGAGCACCUAUGUCCUUUUUUGACACGACACCCCUGGGGCGAAUCACCAAUCGCUUCUCGAGGGAUGUGGAUGUCAUGGACAAUACGCUGACGGAUGCCAUGAGGAUGUACUUUCUCACGCUCGGCAUGAUCAUAUCCGUUUUUGCACUCAUCAUCGCUUUCUUCCCCUGGUUUGCCAUCGCACUGGUACCCUUAUUCUUCAUGUUCAUCUUUGCCGCAGCCUACUACCGCGCAUCAGCUCGAGAGGUCAAGCGUUUCGAGUCGGUCCUGCGGUCGACCGUUUUCGCCAAAUUCAGCGAAGGGCUUAGUGGCGUGGCUAGUAUUCGGGCAUACGGCCUGAAGCAGCACUUCAUCGAGGAUCUUCGCAACUCUAUCGACGAGAUGAAUACCGCGUACUACCUUACCUUCUCAAACCAACGGUGGCUAUCAGUGCGGCUUGAUGCGAUCGGUAAUCUGCUUGUUUUGACCGUAGGGAUCCUUGUCGUUACCUCACGGUUCAGCGUCUCUCCAAGCAUUGGCGGUCUAGUAUUGAGCUACAUCUUGGGCAUUGUUCAGAUGAUUCAGUUCACUGUACGUCAGCUUGCUGAGGUGGAGAAUGGAAUGAAUGCCGUAGAGCGGCUGCAGUACUAUGGGACUCAGUUGGAAGAAGAGGCGCCUCUACACACGAUCGAGGUGCGGCCCACGUGGCCAGAGAAGGGAGAGAUCAUCUUUGACAACGUUGAGAUGCGCUAUCGCGCCCAGCUGCCGCUCGUGUUGUCGGGAUUGUCGAUGCAUGUUGCGGGUGGAGAGCGAGUGGGCAUAGUGGGGAGGACGGGAGCAGGCAAGAGCUCUAUCAUGUCGACCCUGUUCCGGCUCGUAGAGCUGUCUGGCGGCCACAUCAUUAUCGAUGGCAUCGAUAUCUCUACCAUCGGGCUCCACGAUCUGCGAUCCCGCCUCGCCAUCAUCCCGCAGGACCCAACCCUGUUCCGCGGCACCGUGCGCUCAAACCUCGAUCCCUUUCAUGAGCACACGGAUUUGGAGCUGUGGUCAGCUCUGCGACAGGCUGAUCUUGUACCGGCUGACGCCCGUCCCGAUGAGCCGCGGACCAAAGACUCCCCACGUGUGCACCUCGACAUGGUUGUCGAGGAGGAUGGCCUCAACUUCUCCCUCGGCCAGCGACAGCUCAUGGCAUUAGCUCGCGCUCUUGUUCGCGGUGCCCGUAUCAUUGUCUGUGACGAGGCUACAAGCUCUGUCGAUAUGGAGACGGACGACAAGAUCCAGAAUACCAUCGCAACGGGCUUCCGUGGGCGCACGCUCCUCUGCAUUGCUCACCGGCUGCGCACCAUCAUUGGCUACGAUCGCAUCUGCGUUAUGGACGCCGGACGCAUCGCAGAACUCGGAACACCGCUUGAGCUUUGGCAGCGGGAUGGGAUAUUCAGAGGCAUGUGCGAUCGAAGCGGCAUACGCGUCGAGGACAUUAAAAGCGCCAGCGCCGAGAUGGGCACGGCUCAUGAGGCGGGCGUUGAGUCGCCCGAGGCUGGGAAGAAGGAAGAAAACAUCUGA